AUGAUAUAAUAGAUUACAUAUUACAACAGAUUAGAAGAAUUUUUAAACUCUUCACUUUAAUCUCAUUAAGUUCUCCAUAUUGAUCUGAGUGACAAUGAAAUUGGUGACGAAGGUGCAUCAGGCUUAGGUUCUGUUUUAGUUAAGUGCAUUAAUCUCUCAAAUUUGACACUUUAUCUUUAUGACAAUUAAAUUGGUGACGAAGGUGCUUCAGGCUUAGGUUCUGCUUUAGCUAAUUGCAUUAAUCUCUCAAAUUUGACACUUUACCUUUAAGGCAAUUUAAUUGGUGACGAAGGUGUAUCAGGCUUAGGUACUGGUUUAGCAAAUUGCAUUAAUCUCUCAAAUUUUACACUUUAUCUUUAUUACAAUUUAAUUGGUGACAAAGGUGUAUCAGGCUUAGGUACUGGUUUAGCAAAUUGCAUUAAUCUCUCAAAUUUGACACUUUAUCUUUAAGGCAAUUAAAUUAGUGCAAUGGGUGCAUCAGACUUAGGUUCUGCUUUAGCUAAGUGCAUUAAUCUCUCAAAUUUGACACUUGACCUUUAUGGCAAUUAUAUUGGUGAUGAAGGUUCAUUAGGCUUAGGUUAUGCUUUAGCUAAGUGCAUUAAUCUCUCAAAUUUGACACUUAAACUUGGAUACAAUUAAAUUGGUGGAAUGGGUGCAUCAGGCUUAGGUUCUACUUUAGCAAAGUGCAUUAAUCUCUCAAAUUUGACACUUGAUCUUAAUGGUAACUAAAUGAAUAAAUAACAAAAAUUCAAAGUUUUAAGCAAGUGUCUUAAAUCAAAAAGAUUAGUUGUCUUUGGAAAAUAUUUCUGA